AUGUGCAAAAUUGCAAGAACAAGGCCCCAUUCUCCCGCCUUCUAUCACCCUGCCCCAUUCUCCUGCUUUCCAUCACCCCGCCCCAUCCUCCCACUUUCCAUCACCCCGCCCCAUUCUCCCGACUUCCAUCACCCCGCCCCUUUCUCUAGUUUUCCAUCACCCCGCCCCAAUCUCCAGCUUUCCAUCAGCCCGCCCCAUUCUCCCGCUUUCCAUCACCCCACCCCAUUCUCCCGCUUUCCAUCACCCCGCCCCAUUCUCCCGCUUUCCAUCACCCCGCCCCAUUCUCCAGCUUUCUAUCACCCCACCCCAUUCUUCUGGUUUCCAUCACCCUGCCCCAUUAUCUCUCCUUCCAUCUCCCCACCCCAUUCUCCCUCCUUCCAUCACCCCGCCCCAUUGUCCCGCUUUCCAUCACCCCGCCCAAUUCUCCCGCUUUCCAUCACCCCGCCCCAUUUUCCCGCUUUCCAUCACCCCGCCCCAUUCUCCCACUUUCCAUCCCCCCGCCCCAUUCUCCAGCUUUCAAUCACCCCGCCCCAUUCUCCAGCUUUCUAUCAUUCCACCCCAUUCUCCUGGUUUCCAUCACCCUGCCCCAUUCUCCCUCCUUCCAUCACCCCACCCCAUUCUCCCUCCUUCCAUCACCCUGCCCCAUUCUUGCGCUUUCCAUCACCCCGCCCCAUUCUCCCGCUUUCCAUCACCCCGCCCCAUUCUCCCGCUUUCCAUCACCCCGCCCCAUUCUCCCGCUUUCCAUCACCCCGCCCCAUUUUCCCGCUUUCCAUCACCCCGCCCCAUUCUCCCGCUUUCCAUCACCCCGCCCCAUUCUCCCGCUUUCCAUCACCCCGCCCCAUUCUCCCGCUUUCCAUUACCCCGCCCCAUUCUCACGCUUUCCAUCACCCCGUCCAAUUCUCCUGCUUUCCAUCACCCCGCCCCAUUCUCCCGCCUCUAUCACCCCGCCCCAUUCUCCCGCCUCCAUCACCCCGUUGCGUUCUCCCGCUUUCCAUCACCUCGCCCCAUGCUACCGCCUUCCAUCACCCCUCCCCAUUCUCCCGCAUUCCAUCACCCUGCCCCGUUCUCCCGAUUUCCGUCACCGCGCCCCAUUCUCAGGCUUUCCAUCACCCCGCCCCAUUCUCCCGCUUUCCAUCACCCCGCCCCAUUCUCCCGCUUUCCAUCACCCCGCUCCAUUCUCCCGCUUUCCAUCACCCCGCCCCAUUCUCCCGCUUUCCAUCACUUCGCCCCAUUCUCCCGCUUUCCAUGACCCCGCCCCAUUCUCCCGCUUUCCAUCACCCUGCCCCAUUCUCCUGCUUUCCAUCACCCCGCCCCAUUCUCCCGCUUUCCAUCACCCCGCCCCGUUCUCCCGCUUUCCAUCCUUCUACCCCAUUCUCCCGCUUUCCAUCACCCCGCCCCAUUCUCUAG